ACGGUGGCUGGUUUUAGCGGAACGACAUCGUGUAUCUUGCCCUCAUGGCCCUCAUAGAAGUGAUUGCGAAUGAUCGAUUGGGGAGAAAGGUCCGGGUAAAGUGCAGCCCAGACGACACGGUGGGCGAUUUGAAGAAGCUUAUCGCUGCCCAAACUGGAACAGAUCACAGGAAGAUCCAGCUCAAGAAAUGGUACACAGUCUACAAGGACCACAUUACACUCUCAGAUUACGAAAUCCAUGAUGGAAUGAGUCUGGAGAUGUACUAAUAGCCUACACAUUGAAGCAUGGGCAAGCUUGCUCGGAGUUGAAACUUCACCAGCGGAAGAUUGGUUUUAACAGACGGAUAUUCUCUGUCUGAUUAUGGAAUGUAGCUAAGGUCUUCUGAAUAAAGCAUUUUGUAUUUCUACUAUGAGUAUCUGAUUGGUGUGGCAUAUGACCCGAAC